AUGCAGACCACCGCUCAUAUCAGUACAGCUGAAGCUUCGUUGCAUAUCAAUCACAAGGACACUGAUGAGGGUUUUGAAGAUGAUUAUCCAGAAGAGUUUCCAUUCUGGUACAGCUUUCCCAGUGGAGAACAGCAUAUUGACAGACACCAGCAAAAACUACUGUUUGAGUCGUCCAGUGCUAGCAAGGCAGUGUUUCCUUUGGAUUUGUUUUUGAAGCAACGCUCGUCCGUCGACCUUCGAAUUAGAAACGACUCGACUGUCGCUUUCGAUGACAAUCAUCAGUCAUUCCAUAAUCAGGACUCUGUCCUGCACUAUUUCGUACCCACUACAAAGUCUGAAAAACUCCUUGACCAAUAUAUAUCUGGGGUAAUUGAAGCAUUUUUGGAUGAGCCUGCUCCUAUCUAUGCGACAGCCGUUUCUAGGACUCACAGUCUGACUGGAAAGUUUGGUGGUUUAUCAAUUCCAGAUGGUAACCGUUCAUCCGUUGCAGAUCUGGAAUCAUAUCUGAACCAUCUUAAACUCAACGUGAUUGACAAAUCCACCCGGACGGGCUCUUCCAAGAUGAUUGGCCAUAUGACUACCGCACUUCCUUUUUUUCACCGACCUUUGGCAAGACUUUUGGCUGCUCUAAAUCAAAACGUAGUAAAAAUCGAAACGGCAUCCACAUUCACUAAUCUGGAGCGCCAAACACUAGCCAUGUUGCACAAGGCAUUUUUUGGCUCCUCUGAUGAAUUUUACACUCGGUAUGCAUAUGCUCCAGAAUACGCUCUUGGUGUCAUGGCAUCUGGUGGAACGAUCGCCAAUAUUACUGCUUUGUGGAUUGCUCGCAACAAGGCACUGGCUGUUAAUGCUGCUAACGGAUGUCGUGGAAUAGACAAGGAAGGGUAUAUAUCAGCCAUGCUCAAAUACGGUUACAAGCGUGCUGUUAUUAUUGGCAGUACACUGAUGCAUUACUCGUUUAAAAAAGCAGCCGAUUUGCUUGGAUUGGGUGAAGAGGGUCUUGUGUUGAUCCCUGUAGAUGAUGCAUUUCGCAUGCGCAUAGACGUGUUGAAAGCCAAAGUUGAGAAAUGUGUUGCAGAGAACACACUAGUCAUUGCUAUUGUGGGAAUUUCUGGUACAACAGAAACAGGAUCUAUUGAUCCUUUACUUGAUAUAGCCUGUAUAGCUCACAAGUAUCAUAUUCAUUUUCAUGUCGAUGCAGCUUGGGGUGGACCAUUGAUUUUUUCACCCGAGCAUUCUAGUAAACUAGCUGGUAUUUCGCAAGCAGAUACAAUCACAGUGGAUGGUCAUAAACAGUUGUAUACGCCAAUGGGGCUUGGUAUUUUACUUGCAAAAUGCCCUUCUUUGGUAACGUUUAUUCGCAAAACUGCAGGCUAUGUCAUUCGCCACGACUCGCCCGAUCUAGGGAAAUUUACUCUAGAGGGUUCUAGGCCUGCCAAUGUAUUGUAUCUUCAUGCCUCGCUUAAUCUGCUUGGCAAGCAAGGACUAGGAACCUUGAUGACUCGGUCAGUGACGGUAGUGAAGCAAAUGGCAGUGCGAUUGAAUCUGCAUCCUUCGCAAAGUUUCCAGACUUUACAUGAACCCAUGAGCAAUGUACUUUUGUAUCGCUACAUUCCAUCUGACUUGAGAGAGUCUAUUGCUGACGGCACGUAUGUGCCUAAUCCGGAAGAUGAAGAUAGAGUGAGCGAAGUCACCAAAAGACUACAGAUUUACCAAGCAAGCUGCAUACCUUCUGAUGCAGUUUUCCCCGAGGUGUCUACACAUGCAACGGAUGAAAGUACAAACGGAGAAGCGGGACUUCAUUCUCAGCAGAAUCAACUGCAAGGUGGAUUUGUAAGUCGCACUCGUGUUCUAUUCAAAGGAUUUCAUGUCAAUGCGCUGAGGGUUGUCGUUGCCAAUCCAUUGACUACGUGGAGAGAUGUUGAGGGUGUCAUUUCUGACCAGCUCAAAAUGGGUGCGAUGAUUGAAGAGGAAAUGAAGCGGGAGCAGAUGGUAAAGCGUGUACGGGACAUGUAUCCUAUGCAUCGACCCAAUGCAGUUGUACCUGAUAGUGCCAAAUCUUGUACUGCUUUGGCUGCAUGUGAUGGUACGGAUACGUGUAAACCAGAUGAUAAGAUAGAGUGGUGGCCUGGAUGGCCAUUUGAUUUGUAA